GUUCAGAGUACAGCCCUGCUGUAUUCACAGAGCAAGCUACCAAAGCUGAAUAUAGAUGAAAUCAGAGCAAAAUUAAAAAUGCUCUCAAUUCAGCAUAGUUUCAUUUUCAAAUGGUUAUUAGUAGUAUUUUGGUAUUUUGUUCUGCUGACGACAGAAGUCUCCAGCCGAAAGCCAGGAGAGAAACAUCAGAGCCAGGCAACUGAGGCUGUGAGACUUGUUAAAGGACCCAGCAGAUGCUCUGGGAAGAUGGAAGUGAGGUCUGCUCAGUCGUGGGCUCCAGUAUGUGAAUCUUUCUUCAGCUCCAAGGAUGCACUAGUUGCCUGUAGAGAUCUGGACUGUGGCUUUCCUGAUGAAUACCACGGGAGGCACCCUGAUACACAACACAUCUGGAAUCCAGUCUUUAACUGUGAAGGCAAAGAGAAGCAUCUCGUGGACUGUCCCUCUGCUCCGCUCAACGUCACAGAAGAGGAACUAAGUUCAUGUUACUGUACCUACCUGACCUGUAUAGAAAGUCCACGUGAACCUUUCAUGAGCGUGUAUACCCUGCACGGCCCAGUUUCUGAGGCUGACGUACAGAUUUUCAAGGGCCAUCGCUUUGCCAUCUUUUGCGACUGGUCGUCACCUUACAAUGUAUUCAUCAGCCUGAGAUCUGGUGUUAACAGUGGACACCCCACUGUGCAGACCCAGGCACCUGUUCAUGGGGAGGCCAUCUUCACCUUUCCUGCUGCGCAGGACGCCCACGGAGGGACCUAUCAGUGCUAUUACAACUAUGAUUUCAGUUCACAAGUUCCCUCUCAGCCAAGGACUGUUGUUCUCACUGUGAAAGAGCAGGACGAUGUGAGGCUGGUGAAUGGAGACAGCCGCUGUGCUGGUAGACUGGAGGUGGAGUUUCUGAGCGAGUGGAGAGCAGUGAGCUACCGGCACACCUGGAGUCUCAGGGAUGCAGCUGUGGUGUGCAGACAGCUCCACUGCGGCUCCGCUGUUUCAACCAGUAAAGUAGACAACGUGAUCGAACCUCUGCCUGCAGCAUGGCGCUUUUAUUCCGACUGUGACGGCUCUGAACUUGCACUGAUGGACUGUGGGGCGGUGAGGGAAUGGUUUUCCUCCUCCACUGUUGAUGUGAUCUGCUCGGACAUCCUGCUUCGGCCGAAAAUAUCUGUGUCAUUUGCGAAGAGAGUGUCCUCUGACGAGCAUCUGCAGGACGGGCUGCUCUUUAAGGGCCACAGCUUCACAGUCAGCUGCUCCGUGGAGCCACAGUACCCCGGGGGUCACUUCAGCCUCCUCUUCACUGGCUUCAACCAAACCCACAGCCGCACCCAACCAGCCGUCAGUCACUCUGCCCGCUUCACGUUUACUGCUGCAGAAGAGGCCCACCGAGGGAACUACAGCUGCGUUUAUCACAACUUUGUUUUCAAUCAUAACUUCUCUUCUGAGAGCCAGAGCCUCUCUCUCAUUGUCCAAGAGUCUAUAGAUGUCUGGUUGGACGAUGGAGUGCUCAGAGAUGACGACAGCGAACCUUGUGCCGGCCGACUGUUCGUGGGUGAGGACGAGGCGAAGCCGCUCAGUGCAGAAUCCACAGUCUGGGACCUGAAGCAUGCUGCUGUGGUGUGUAGACAGCUGGGCUGUGGCUCUGCUGUUUCAACCAAUGAGAUCGAUCUUCUCACCAAGAGACCUGUGUAUCGAUUUUUUUCUGACUGUGAUGGAUCUGAGUCUGCACUGAUGGACUGUGGAACUGUAAAGCUGUGGUUUUCCUCCUCUGCUGUUGAGGUGGUCUGCUCAGGCCAUCAGGGGGCAGCAGGCAAGACAUGAUACUGGAACGGCAAAACCUGAAUUGUCCUCAUCCUGAAGAGACACAGCUCACAAUGUACAUUAUAUUAGUGUUCCAUCAUUAGAAUUAACUGUAUUGAUUAACUGCAGACGGUGGGACACAACCGGCAGAGAAGAGGUGAUUACUGAACCAAGCCGUUCACAGCCGUACUCCUCAUUAUUUUAAUCUGGGCUAACCUACAUAGCAAUAAUGGUACUAACAGUGUAAUCGAUUCUAACUUAAUGUGAAGGUUGUCUUUCAGUUUUAAGAAUUUUGCUUUAUUUCAUGCCAUCAAUUCAGUUGUAAUUGAAUCAAUGUAUUCUUUAAAGCAUUGUCAAUUUCCUUUUGUAAGAAAUAUGCCAUUCAAAUAAAGGUACUUUGCAUCUAGAAACUUUCUGCUCACAUUCUGUGGCUUUAUUACAUAAUACAGUCUUAUCUUUCCA